AUGGCCGUUUUAAAUGUUAUAUUCGUUCUUCGCUUUAUUGAUUACCUUCUUUUAAUCACACUUGCCUUUUUAACCUAUGUUUUUCUAUUCUAUUACAAAUACUUUACACGUUCUAAUAAAUUACCUGGUCCUUUACCACUUCUUUUUAUAGGAUGUGCUUAUAUGUUUACGAGUGAUACUAGGAAACAAUUUACAUCACUCCAACAAAAAUAUGGCGACAUUUGUGAAAUUUACCUUAACGGCAUGCGAAAUAUCGUGAUUUCACGUCCUGAAUAUCUUGAAAAAAUGUUAACCCCUUCAUCUAAAGAUACUACUUUCCUGAUAAGAGUACCUUAUACUGAAGCAAUAGAAGAAUUUGGAAUGGCUAGAAGAGGCAUAACUGCAAACUAUGAUGUAAAAAUUUGGAGAUUUAAUCGUCAUUUCUUUAAUCAAGCUGUUUUAGCUCCAAGCUUUAAUUAUGAAGUUGUAGAAUGGGCUAAUAAAUUGUUUCCGGAAUUAGAAGGUUAUUGGUUAUCUCUUGCUAAUUCUGAUUCAUCUGAUGUUAAUUUACAAAAUAAUUGGACUCUAGAAGCUGAUCUUGCGACAUGGAUUCGUAUGUUUACCAAUGAUAUGAUUGUAGCAUUACUCACAGGCGAAAGAUCCUAUUCAAUGGCUUCAUAUUAUAAUAUUCAGAGUCCAGUGAAAGUAUCACGCUCUAAUCCAUUGAUCCAAGAUUCUGAAAGAUUUAUUAAAGGUUUUGGUGAUCACCUUAUAGGUCUCACCUUAUUUAUAUAUCUUGGAUCAUUCUUUCGUCAUCACGUACCAUUUUAUAAAUAUCGGGUCAAAAAGUUGCUUGAAAAUCGGGAUUAUUUAUUUGAAAUAUUAAAUGGGAUUAUUAAGAAAAGAAGGAAAGAGAUUGAAGAAACUCCAAUGGGUACCAAAUUAAAGCAUGAUAUGUUGACAUCUUUAAUUACUGCUAAUACAGAAAGAGAUGUAAAUAACAUACAAAGUGUUAAAGGUGAUAUGCUUAGACCAUUGACGGAUAUUGAAAUUAGAGGUAACUUGCUUGAUGCUUUCUUAGGUGGAACUGAUAAUGUUUCAACUUCAUUCGCUAUUAUAGCCUACUAUCUCGGUCACUAUCCUCAAGUUAAACAAAAGAUGAUCGCUGAAAUCGAUUCGAUAUUUCCUCCAAAUGCACCAUUUGAUAUGAAAUACAGCGAUCUCUUAAAAUUAGAAUAUUGUGAAGCUGUAAUGAAUGAAGGUAGUCGAAUUAGACCUACUUCAAAUGAAUUCCCAAGAUAUAUUGAAACCUCUUGUGAAGUAGCUGGAUAUCAAUGGGAUGCUGGUGUAAUGUUUCAUGUAAAUAUUAAUGGUGUUCAUUCGCACAAAGAUCAUUGGCCGAAUCCAGAAAUUUUUGACCCUGAAAGAUUUUAUAAAAAAGAUCCUAAUGAAAGACAUAAAUUUUCUUUGAUAACAUUUGGUGGUGGUUUACGUAAUUGUCCUGGAAGAAAGUCGGCAACAAUUGAAUUACUUUCUUUAAUCGUAUUGAUAUUUAGAAAGUAUGAUAUAGAGUUAGUUGAUAUGAAUGCUCCAUUAAAGACUAAAUCUUCAUUAGUUAAUAUAUGUGAGGAAUUGAAAGUCAGAAUUAGGCCUAGAAAUUAA